AUGGCACCAGAAUUUGUUUUUGGAUCAGACGUCACAGAACAUCAYAUUUUUACUAAACUGACAAAAUACUGGGAGGAAGAAUUCCACCAAGAUAUGAAAGCAUUGAAUGUUUUGCCAGCUGAUUGCUUGACUAGAAUUACUCAAUAUGUUCCUGAAGUUGUCUUGUUCAUUGAAAAAGUGAUAUCUAAUGGAUUUGCUUAUGAAUCAAAUGGUUCUGUGUACUUUGAUACAAUCAAGUUUGGAUCCAGUGAUAAGCACAGCUAUGCCCGUCUUGUCCCUGAAGCAGUUGGGGAUYURCAGGCUCUUGCUGAAGGAGAAGGGGAGACCAGGUUGGCAUGUUGAGUGCUCUGUAAUGGCAAGUGAAGUACUAGGRCAUUCCAUUGACAUUCAUACUGGAGGAGUGGAUCUGAAGUUCCCUCACCAUGACAACGAACUUGCACAAUCAGAGGCAUAUCAUGGAUGCAAUCARUGGAUUCAUUAUUUCCUGCAUGCUGGCCAUCUAACCAUUGAAGGCUGUAAAAUGUCAAAGUCUUUAAAGAAUUUUAUUACAAUUAAGGAAGCUCUCAAGAGAAACUCAUCAAGGCAAAUUAGAUUAGCGUUUUUGCUUCACACUUGGAAUGCAACGCUUGAUUACAGCGAGAAUGUCAUCAGAGAAGCCGAACAGAUUGAAAAACUCUUUAAUGAUUUCUUCCUCAUAGUCAAAGAUAUUUUAAGAAAACCAGAAGACUCUCUGCCCCACACUCAUAAUUACAAGGAACUUGAGAAAGAAUUACAGAACAGAUUCCAUGAGAAGAAAGACGCUGUACAUCAAGCACUUUGCGAUUCGAUAGAUACACCAGGAGCGCUCCGUCAAAUGCAGGACCUCGUGAAAUUAUCCCAUAUUUAUAUCGGCAACAAGAAACAGAGCAACACGCCUCCAAAUCAUGAUCUUCUCAAAGAGAUCGCCAAGUAUUUAACCAAGAUGCUCAAGAUUUUCGGUGCCAACGACGGCGAGCAAGAAAUUGGAUUCUCUAUCUCAGGACAGAACGCAAGCGGGAAUCACGAAGAAWUYGCUUUGCCKUAUGUUCAACUKCUGUCAGACUUCAGAGAAGAUAUACGAAGCAUUGCAAGAGAAGAAAAAGUGUCGAAGAUUCUCAAGGCUUGUGAUUAUCUGAGAGACGAGAGUCUGCCAAAUCUUGGUGUWAAACUGGAAGAUCAGGAAGAUAGCAAAGCUGUUAUCAAAUUUGUUGACCCAGAAACUUUGAGGAAGGAGAAACAACAGCAAAAAGAGGAACAAGAGAAGAAAAGAAGACAAAARGAGGAAGCCAAGAGAAAAMUCGAGGAAGAAAAGGCUGCCAAAGAGGCCAAAGCUCGRAUAGCACCAUGGGAUAUGUUUAAACAAGAGACGGAUAAGUAUUCAGCAUUUGACGAACAGGGUAUACCAACUCAUGACGCCCAAGGAGAACCAAUCAGCGCAAAGCAGAUCAAAAAGCUCAAGACAGCAAUCCCCUCACGAGUUUCUGAUAAAAGUUGAAUGUUAACUUGAAAAUGACUUCGAGAAAAUGAUCCUUAAAUAAAUAUAUAAAUAUCGCUUGCUGAUGUUUUAUCG